GCCAAAACAAAGACGGUACAAUGCUGGAAUGUUUAAAAAUUACGAAACAGAUUACCGUUUGAAGUACAAAGAUGCUCGUUCCAGAUAUAAGUGGGAUUCCUUCGGAAAAAACAAUGAAGAUACUUUAGUAACAGCUAAUAGCAGCACCAGCUACUCUUCAGCUGUAGUAAGUGGAAAUGAAACUAAUGAAAAUGUAGAGCAAUCAAUAAGUCAGAGAAUUGAAUCAGCUUUGACUGAAAGUGCAAAUAUUUGUGAAGAACAGAAUCAAAUAUCUCCUAAUGAUAUUAAAAAUACAGAUGCAGUUAGAAACAAUGACAUGGAAAAUGAAUCAACUUAUGACAUUGAAGAGCGCUAUAGUGACGAUGAUGCAAUUAGUGAUUUAUUUUCAAAUGAUAUCCGAGAUACUGAUGAUUUCUCAUUUCGAACUACUGAUACUGACAAUAGUGAGGCAAAUGAAUUCGAUUAUGAAGAUCAGCAGUUCGACGAUCGUAAAAUAAUGUUUGAAACUUCGAAAUUGACUAUAAAUGAUGUAAUGACGUUAGUUAUGGCUUUUUCAAUAAGAUUCAAGAUAUCAGAGGUAGGAAGAUCGGAAUUAAUAAAUAUGAUUAAAUUAUUUGCUGGACCACAAGUUAAUGAUAUAAAUAUUUCUAAGUAUAGAUUUCAACAAAAAUUUGAUCCACCAAAUGAAACAAGUAUGAUUCAUUAUUACUGUAUGAGUUGUAAGCAACAAAUUCUAUACUAUAUCAACUUAAAAGAGCGAUUUAGGAAACAAAAAAAACGUGUGCUAUAUGUAACGCUCAAUGUGAAAUAA